AUGUCCAAGGUACAACUGCAAACAGAUGCAGAUGUAUCCCUCUAUCUCCACGCCGAACUACUUCCCAACAUCCGUCAAAUAACCCUCUACAUCUCCAUUCCUCGGAACCUAGCUCUCGAUGCGAUUCGGCCACAGAUACAGCUUUCAGAUUCUCGCAAGGCAGUUACUGUCUCUUUGCCAGAACCUCUCCAAAAUGUGACGGAGACGAUCAAGCUUCCAGCGCGUGUCAGCGAUGCCACUCGCCGGAUAUUGAACACCAAUAGCUGUCCAACGCAACAACCCACAGACGCGAGCCAUGACUACUCGUUUAGAAUGCAGAUCGACCCGACUGACCCGGUUCUUAUGCCGAAAGACGAAUUAAUCGAUGACCAUGUGCCCUGGACGGCGGCCGACAUGUCGACUUUGACUCGCAUUCGAUGCCGUGCUUGUGGCGCUCAGUUCCUGGAUGCCACAGGCCCUUCAAAUACACGAGUCGAGAAACAUAACCGCGCCUGUGGGUGGACGUGGAAGGAUCUACCGAGCGGAAAUUGGGCUGAGAUGAUGGACUUUUGGCACUGCCAUAAGCCGGAUCCCCACGAGGAAGACUCCAAACCCGAAGCCAACGCUGCGCUUCGGAUCGAGGAGCAGAAUGCCCAGAUCAAAGGAUACGGAGCCGGUAGUCGUGUUGAAGCGAUCCCUGGAACUGUCCUUAUCGACGUGGCUACAUUCUUGCUUGCCGAAUCAGACUGCGUGGGAUUGAAAAAGGGAAACGAAGAGGAAACAGUAUCAAAUCCUGCGGCAUCUCAACAAAGAACCCUAGACUGCAUCGCCUGCAACGCAAUUAUCGGCAUGGAGGACCCCUCUGCAAAUGGAUGGCGCCUCCUGAAAGCGAACGUAUCCCUAAACACAAACGAUGAAAUGGCCGAAGACCAAUGGCAAAGCUACCCAGGCGAACUCAUUGUCGCAGCUCAACUCCUAGAACUGAUUGAUCGCGAAAGCGCACGAAGAUUCGUUGUCCACCGUGGACAGAAAAAUGGACUAUUACUUUGGGUCUUCAAUCCCGAUCUUCGCUAUUCCAACUCUAAUUCAGGAUACAGUGUUAAUGCUCAGAAAGCAAUGAAAGUCCUUUUCCAGACGUUGGAUGACGUUGAUUCGAUCCUGAAUCGUGACAUGGGUAGACCAUCUCCACUGUCUGUUGAGGAGCUGGAACUCCCCUCGAUGAUUUUCGAAGCAUUAUCCAAUGCACUGGUUCAUAGCAAUCAGAUGUUGCCCAUCUCAGCGAGACGUUUCAAUGAGUGGACGGUUGGACUCCUGGAUCGAUAUAGUCGAGAUGUACGAAAAUGA